AUGGAUUAUUUCAGUGUUAAACAAAGUUACUAUACUGGUAAUUUCGCUCAAGUUUUGAAAGAAAUUGUCAAACAAGAGGAUCAAACAGAUGCCACGUUGUUGUUUUAUAAAGCUAGAGCUCUAUUGGCGUUGGGUAAGUAUGAAUCUCAAGCUAGUUCAGGUGCUUUUGGUAAAGUAUUUGAUGCUUACACAGAGUUUUUGAAGAGUAAGAAUGCUAGCAAAUUAGAAAAAUUAGUUGUUAAGGAUGAUUCUACUCCUUUUGAAUUGUUCUUGAUAGCUGCUGCUAAGGCUAUAUUAGGUGACUAUGAAUCAAGUUUAAAUCUAUGUGUUCAAGGUAUCGAUAGUGAUGUUGUUGUUGGUAGUGCUGAACUACUGUUGUUAGCUAUUGAAGUAGCUUUAUUGAACAGUCAAUCAAAUGUCGCUGUUACCAUGUUUGAAAAUUAUACCAAUGCCAAUGGCAAUGAAAUCUCUAGUGAAGACGAGUUGAUCAUUAACAUAGCGGAAUCAUACAUCAAAUUUGCCACUAAUAAAGACACUACUACUUCUAAUUACUAUCAAUUCGAAGAAUUGGCCCAGAGUUUCCCAACUUGGAAAACCCAAUUAAGUUUGUUGAAUUCACAUUUACAACAGGGCAAUAUAGAUCAAGCAGAAGAGAUCGUAAACACCCUAGAAUCAGAUUACUACAGCGUCGAACAAAAAGAAUCUGCAGAAUUGUACAAUCCACAUUUCUUGGCUAGUAAGAUUACUUUAUCAAUCAUGCAAGGCAGUGCCAAUACCGAUGAAUUAAGAAAUGAAUUAACUAAACUAGCUCCAACCCAUUCCUACUCCCAAAACAACAAGGAAAUAAACACAAAAUUCAACGAACUAGUAGCAAAGUACUCUUCAUAA